AUGAAGAUAAAGAAUCGGAAAGCAAAAGUGGAUAUCAGGGCUCAGUCUGAACACGAAGAAGUUGACAUGAAUGGGGAGGACAAAAAUCAGGACACAGUUUGGAAGGAUGUUGAUACGUUUAUGUAUGAUGAAAAUAUACCCAUCGAACAUGAGAACAAAUAUCAACCUGAUGAUAUUGACUUACAGCGGGAAGCUGAUGCUCUCAUGCCAGUUGUUCCUGCAGGGCGACCAAAACGCCAGCGUUUCCUUCCUGCAACAUUUCGUGACUUUGUCCCCUCUCAACCUUCCACUCUUCCAUCCGGGUUACCAUCCAAAACUCGAAAUGGCUUGACACCUCCGCUUCCAAUUUCCAUUCCUGCAACUCCAACUCGGAGAUCUCCCUCUGUUCAAGAUAUACAUGCUCCUUUGUCUACAGUAUCCACAGAGCCUGACCAGUUUGGCCUUUUUCGCGAGUACAUUCAGUAUCCAACAUAUGAACCAGAUGAAUUCAGCUCGUUUGACGAUCUUUGUGAUGCAAGCAUGUUCAACAUAUCUCAGCCUCCUGCGCGCGAUCCAGAGAGCGGCUUUGGUCCACGGAAAUAUGCUUCAGAUGCGCUUUCAUCAUCUAGUCAUAGAUUUCAAUCUUUGUCUAAGUUGACGGAUUCAUAUGCUCCCUUCCCAAACACGUCUACCUACCACAUGAUGAAGUUUGCAUAUGAUGAACGUAACGACAAUUCUUUCGGCCUUGCUGGGAUUCAGAGGGUAAAUGAGGAAAUUAUCCAACAGCCUGGCUUCGAUCCUAAAGACCUCCGAGGGUUCAACACUCAAAGAGAAGCAAGGAAACUUGACGAAUUCAUUGCAUCUCAGUCCGUCAAUUCAAAUCUUCCUUUUGACACUCAUGCGGGCUGGAAGAAGAGUUCGGUGAAGAUAUCCCUUCCCUGUACUGGAAAGAAGAAUAGCGAAGACAGGGCUCCUACAGUUGAAGUUGACAAUAUCAUUCACCGAGACCUGUUGGAGGUUAUGAAGGAAGCUUACUCAUCCGAGGCAGCAUCAGAGUAUCAUCUACGAGGCUACAAGCAGAUGUGGGAGCGGGAUGAAUAUCCAGAACCUAUUCGGGUCCAUGGCGAGGUUUAUACUUCGGAUGCAUUCCUUCAGAUGGAGAGUGAGGUUUUGAGCAGUCCAGCUGAGCCAGGCUGUAAUCUCGAACGCGUUGUGGUUCCCAUCAUGGCCUAUUCAGAUUCUACACACCUUGCCAGUUUUGGUACUGCUUCCAUAUGUCCUGGUUAUCUCUGGUUCGGUUCUCAGUCAAAAUACUCUCGUGCGAAACCAAGUAAGUUCGCUGCACAUCAUCUUGUGUAUUUUCCUUCACUUCCAAAAACAGUCGAGGAUGAGUACACGAAGCAAUUCGGUCAUGCUCCAAGUGAUGAAAUGAAAACUCACCUCAAACGGGAACUCGAACAUGAGGUUUGGAAGCUUCUCCUCACGGUAGCUUUCCUUCAUGCAUAUGUCCAUGGUGUUGUGGUUGAAGGGCCUGAUGGUAUCCUUCGAAGACUAUAUCCUCGAUUCUUUACUUACUCAGCUGAUUAUCCUGAAAAGAUACUCCUGGCCAGUAUCAAGAAUCUCGGUACACAUCUAUGCCCUCGCUGCACCAUCAAAACAAGUGAAGUUUCUGGAAUAGGAACCCGAGAAGACAUGGCUAGCCGUGAGACCUCUCGCCGAAUCGACAAUAAAAGGCUUCGAAAAAUGAUUGAGAAGGCAAGAAAGAAGUUCUUCAAACAUGGCAAAGGGAUCGGAAGCACUGCAGUCGAGAAUGAGUUAAAGGGCUCCUGUACUCCUCACCGGAAUGCUUUCUCUGCAGCUUUCCAUGAUCUCGGGUUCAACUAUUUUGCUCUUUUUGUAAAUGAUAUUAUGCAUGAAAUCGAACUUGGUACCUUUCGAGACCUCAUCAUCCACCUCAUCCGUAUGUGUCAUGCAAUGGGGAAAGAUACUGUACAAGAGCUCAACCAGAGAUUCCGAACUGUUCCAACAUUCGGACGUGGAACUAUUCGUCGAUUUGUUGACAAUGUAUCAGAAUUGAAAAAGCUGGCUGCUCGUGAUUAUGAGGAUCUACUCCAGUGUGCACCAACUUGCUUCGAAGGACUCUUCGCCACCAGGUCUCAAGAGAUUGAUGACCUUGUUCAAAACCUGCUUGCUCAUAUGGCCACCUGGCAUGCUUACGCCAAGCUGCGCCUCCACACUGACUUGACAUUAGAGUCAUUUGAGGUGGCAACCAUAGAGCUGGGAUGUCUCCUGCGUACAUUUGCCAUUCAAACUGCUGAAAAAUUUGAUACUCAACUCCUUCCUCGUGAGGCUGAUGCUAAAGCUCGGCGAAAAGCCAAGAAGAAGAAGACUGACAGUCAAAAUAGGAACAAAAUAGCAGAUAGCGAACCACGUCGCAAGCUUUUCAACCUCAAUACCUACAAGUUUCACGCACUUGGAGAUUAUCCUUGGACCAUUCGAACAUUUGGAACCACAGACUCUUACAGUACACAGCUAGGUGAAUUGGAGCAUCGUCGUAUCAAAAGACUCUACAUCCACACCAACAAAAUCCACUUCACAUUUCAAAUUGCACGGCAUGAGCAGCGUCGACGUGCACUCAAGAAUCUUUUACGAAAAAAACCAACUAACAUCCAACAUCGCGCUACUCGAUCAAAGGUUUCAAGACCUUCACUUUCCUUUGAUGACUCCGAUCCUCUUCCGUUUACAGACCCUACCACACACUACCACAUUUCAUCAAGCACACGCUUCUCUGAGAAUAUAGUCACUUGGCUUGGUGAUCUUCAAUAUGAUCCUGCAUUUACGAACUUCCUUCCAAAACUUAAGGAUCAUAUCUUGGAACGACUUCUUGGCAUACCUCAAAACGAACGUGAAUUUUCCGCUGCACAGCGUACUACAAUUACCUUCAAAAAUAACAAGAUCUUCCGCCAUAAGGUCAUACGUCUUAAUUAUACAACAUAUGACAUGCGUCGCAACCAGGACUCAUGCAAUCCUCGAACCCACUCCGACAUCAUGAUGCUCUCUGGAGACCCAGAGACCUCCUCCGAGCACCCUUAUUGGUUCGCUCGAAUCAUUGGAGUCUACCAUGUUGAUGUCAUUCAUUCCAGUGGACUCUCUCAAUCCCUUCUUGCUCAAAAACUUGACUUUUUGUUCGUUCGCUGGUUUGGACUAGCAAAUGAACAGGAACAGUAUGGUAUCUCCACCAAGCACAUGCCAAAGCUCGGCUUCAUUGACACCAGUAAUCCGGAAUCGUUUGGAUUUGUUGACCCUAGUAAUGUUAUCCGUGGAUGUCACAUUAUCCCUGCAUUUUCCGAUGGGAAAACUGACCAAUUUCUCGUUGGUCCUUCGUUAGCAAGACGGGAGGCCGAUAACGGUGAAGAUUAUUUUCGCUACUAUGUGAACAUGUGGGUUGAUCGUGACAUGUUCAUGCGCUUUCGUGGUGGCGGCGUUGGUCACAAGUCCACUCUCUCCUCCACCCGAGUUUUCGAAGAGCAAAACAAUGUCAAGCCUGGAGAUAAGGAUAGAAUGUUCGAUGCAGCAGCUACUGCUCUUGUCCAUGAGGAGGAUGGAGAGAGUGAUGCUGUUAUUGUCAGUGAGGAGGAAGAGGAAGUGGAAGUGGCAAAUCAUGGUAGUGAUGGUGAGUUGGAGGAUGUUCUAGGGCCAGAAGAUGGAGAAGACAACGGGAUUGAUGAAGACUAUGAGGGGUUUGCGGAAUAUUAG